UCCACUCUCUCUAGUCUCCUAAGAUUGCUACUUUUUUUUUAACUUUCAAAAUCUCACUAAAAUAUUACUUGCACUUUACUCUUGUCCAUAUUAUUAUUAUUAUUAUUAUUAUUAUUAUUAUUAUUAUUAUUAUUAUUAUUAUAAAUAAAGUAGUAUAAAUUAGUACAUAAAAUCAAGAGUUGUUGGUGGUGGUUGUUGUCAACAAUAUAUGAACAUUAUUUAAGACUCAAAUUCUGUAAAUAAUAAAUCAUAUUAACUUUCCAAUUAGAAAGUUUCGAAUUUGAGUUUUUAUGUUUUAAAAUAAUAGAGAAUAGGCAAAGAAAAUAAUGAAGGAAAAUGGGAGGAAACAAGGAGCAGUAGCUCCUUGUGCUGCCUGCAAACUGUUGAGACGAAGAUGUGCACCAGACUGUGUAUUUGCACCAUAUUUUCCAGCUGACGAACCUCAAAAAUUUGCUCAUGUGCAUAGGGUUUUUGGGGCUAGUAAUGUCAACAAGAUGUUACAGGAGUUGCCAACACACCAACGUGGUGAUGCAGUGAGUUCGAUGGUGUAUGAGGCAAAUGCAAGGGUACGUGACCCAGUGUAUGGUUGUGUAGGAGCAAUAUCGUCACUGCAACAACAAAUAGACGUCCUUCAAACACAAUUAGCCCUAGCUCAAGCAGAAGUGGUGCAUAUGCGAAUGCGACAAUAUGCCAAUACUAUGCCACACCAAGGCACAAGUUCACCGGAAAACUCCCCUUCUUCAAAGAUGAUUUCCUCACAAACCAAGUCUCUUUUUAGCAUGGACAUGGUUGUAGAUCAGCCUAAUAUCGAAGAGUCACUUUGGUCAUGUUAAUGCUCUUAAAUGUUUCAACUAUUUUUUCCGUCCUGUCAUGUUUGCAUCAUUGGCAAAAAGUUUCUGGCCGAAAGAAGCAUAAAGAGCAUUUUCCAUAUUUUAGAUACAUAAUUAAAUAUAAUAUAUUUAUGAUGGAUGAUGAUGUAAUAGUGUCCUUAGCUUUAUUGGGACCUAGUAAUUUCCUUUUAUGUUACCUUAGUCCUUUACAUCUUUAUAGCAAAAAAAUAGCACAUCUCUCUCUAAUUGACCUAGAGGUGAUGAUGGUGAUGAAGAAUUAUUAACCUUAUUGUACAUGUAUAAAACAUAUAUAAUCAUGACUUAUUAUAUAGUUUAGUAAAAAGUAAUGAAUUUGCUUGUUUUCUUUUUGUAAUUUUCUAUGUUUAGUGGUCUUAAUGGCCAUUAGUCUUCUAAAUGGGCAUUUUAGUAACCGACAUACUAAUAGCUAAUGAAAGGCACGCCCUAUCCUCUUUUUUGAUUGAAUUAAACACUAU